GCGCACUCGGCUGCUCAACAUUUGAGAAUACAGCGGUCCAUCCGAUCGUUAUUGCUCCUAUUUCCUUCCUUCUCUGCACCCAAAGACAGAUCUACGCUGCAAGAUGGCUGAGUUGAAUUUGGGGAAGGGGAUGACCGCAGGGAAAGUGGCCAGCAACGUUCAGAAAAAACUAACGAGAGCCCAAGAAAAGGUUCUUCAGAAGCUUGGCAAAGCUGAUGAGACCAAAGAUGUUGCUUUUGAGGAGGAAGUGAUCAACUUCAACAAACAAUAUACUGAAGGCAGCAAACUGCAAAGGGACCUUCGGGCAUACCUGGAGGCAGUGAAAGCCAUGCACGAGUCCUCCAAGAAUGUGCAGUCAUGUUUGGCUGACAUGUACGAACCGGAGUGGUCUGGCAAGAAUGACGUGGAUUCCAUUGUGGAGGACUGUGAUGUGCUGUGGACUGACUACCACCAAAAGCUGGUUUCUAAUUCUCUCAUCUCCAUGGAUACUUACCUGGGCCAGUUCCCUGAUAUCAAGGCACGUAUAGCUAAGAGGGACAGGAAGCUGGUCGAUUACGACAGUGCCAGGCACAACUAUGCCGCCACACACAAGACCAAGAAAAAGGACGGGGGCAUUAAAAUUAUCACGCCCUCCUCUUUGUUGGAGAGGGCCACUCCAGGCUGGGCUCAGGGUAUAUUGUCUGCACACAAUGUUGCCCAGAGCAGUCUGUCCAGAAACCAGGCUGAGGACGAGUUGGACAGGGCCCAGAAGGUGUUUGAGGAGAUUCAUAUUGACUUGCAAGAGGAAUUACCUUCACUCUGGAACAGUCGUGUCGGGUUUUACGUCAGCACCUUCCAGAGUUUGGCUGGUUUUGAGGAGAAGUUUCACAAGGAAAUUGGCCGGUUGGAUCAAGAUUUGUAUGACGUCUUGGAGAAAUUGGAGGGUACAGACACGCAGCAAACAAGCAGAAAAACAGGUACCUGCGGCGCCUCAUCGUCAGGAGCAAAUAGGAGUGUGAGUGUAAAAGAAGCAUCUAACCACAGUCUCAGGCCAGGAGGACCACCACCAAUCCCCAAAUCUCCAUCCAAGCUAAGGCCUGCAAUGCCUCCUCCACCCAAGGUGACCCCAUGUAAGGAGAUGAAAACUGAGAACAUCAUCGGCCUGUUUGAUGCUGCAGCUACUCCUGAUAUCAACAUCACCUCCCCUACAGAGUUAGCCAAUGAGCCCUCCUAUUCCUGUGAUCAGUUUGACAGUCCUGCAGUGAGCAGCCAGGUGGACAUGGACCUGGACUCUUUCAGUACAGCAGCCAAAGCCUCCACGGCCACUCAGCCUGCAAACUGGGACUCAUGGCAUGAGGACAGUGAUGCACAGGAAGAGGACACCAAGCUGCAUUAUGACCCUGUGGCUGCUGCCACAGACGCCUGGGGUGAUGAUGGUUCACAGCCUAUCCGCUAUGACCCCAUAGCAGCUGCCACAGAGGGCUGGGGGGAUAACGGAACCCUACCGGCUCGCUCUGACCCUGUGGCUCCGGCUCAGGAGGGAGGGGGGGAUGAUGAGGACCAGCAGGUUCAUUGCGAUUCCGAGGCUGAAGCCCAGGAGGACUGGGGCAAUGAUGGUGACCAGCUGGUCACAGAGGUGCCUGCCCCCAAGGAUGAAACACCUGCAGCUGAGGCUCCAGCGGAAGUCGCUGAGGAAGACGCCACAUCAGCUGCUGCUACAUUGGAUGGUGAAGAGGGUCAGGGUGAGUCUGCAGCAGCUGCUGUAGCACCAGAGGAAGAAGCAUCAACAGAGGAGACGCCUGAAGUAGCAAAAGAAUCAACAGAGUUAGUAGCAUCAGAUCCUGAAGAAUUGCCUGCUGGCUUCUUGUUCAAGCUCCAGGUGAUGCAUGAUUAUGCUGCCAAUGACACAGACGAACUGGAGAUGAAGACCGGUGAUGUGGUAUUGGUAAUCAAGUUUGACAACCCUGACGAACAGGAUGAUGGCUGGCUGAUGGGAAUGACGCAGGAUGACUGGCUGAAAAAUAAAGAAAAUGCCGCCAAAGGAGUAUUCCCAGAAAACUUCACCCAGAGGCUGUGAAAGAGGUGGACAUGACAUCAUUCCAGCUCCGUUCUCCAUGCCUCUCUCCUCUUGCCUCAAUCCUUUCUUCCCUCUCUUGCCCUGAUACUGUAUCUUAACGAGGACUUUGGCCAUAGAAGCAGAGCUGUCUCAGCCCAGACUGAAAUCCUGCAUUUCUAAGGUCUGCUACACUGUGCUAAAAGUGGAUCUUGGCAUUUUGGUGGAUUCCUUUCAACAUUUACAAUUACAGAUGUAGCCAUUUUACAGGUCCCAUUCUUUGUUGCUCUGCUUCACCAUACCAAAAUAACUGAUGGGAUACUCGUGAUCAUACAGGAGAUAUGCAGAAACAGUUGCCCCUGCAAUGGCUACAUUUGCAAUUGCCUUAUAAUGUUUUAUUCUUAGUCAUGUCUCCGCAUAGACUUGCAAAGGCAUAUUUCACCAUCAUUACAGGGAAAAUCGGUUUUGAGACGUGCUUUUGUUCAUCUGUGACUGAGAGAUUGAAAAAGUAAAUCAUUAUGACAAAAUAUCCUUUGCACACAUACAGUAUAGGCCUGAGCCCUACAAUCUGUUUUAUAAAGGAUGGGCUGUCCUUAGUGAAGACAGGCUGACAGGGAGGUAUGGAGUUCUCACCAUGUUUAGAAACAUUCACGCAGUAGACAAACACACUGAAAAAGUAGAACCAAAUCCAAGCUGGACGCUUCCCCCCAGUCAAAGUGAGAGAUGACAUAUGAACACAUGAUGUGCACAAUCAGCACCAAAUUAGACAGCACAGCACAGAAACAGGGAGGAAUUUAAAUAAAAAUUGGCAUUCUUAUCAACAACUGGUCUUGAAUUUAGCCACUCACGAGUGUUGCUGAGGCAGGUCGGCAUCUUCUUAUGUUCAAGUGGGUUUUUGGAACACAUCUCUAUUUUUGGCAGUAGUUUGUUUUAGCCACAUGUGUAGCUAUCGAGUGUUGUUGUUUUCCUCGGGAAUGCAGGUUUCCUUACCUGUGCCCAUUUGAUUUUUGGUGGCUGGGUGGUGGCUGGAGUGAGUCAGUAAAGCUCAAGCAUUGUAGUUUUGGUGCCAGUAUUUGCGAGUCACCGAUCCACAAUGACUCAAACUCGUCCUGGUUCUGCUGCUUAUACUAAGCCUGUUGGACUCAUCCAGAGCAUCUUUGAUUUAUACUGUUAUUAGCGAAUAGUGAAACAUUGAAACGUGGGCCUCUAGUUGUUGUGUUGGUUUAGGUUCAAUAGUGGUUUAAUAGAAUUGACCUCCGGUUAUGCAUUAAACUGGUCAUCUGACACCAACCAAGUUAAUGACAGCAGGAAUUCAAUAUAAAAAUGCUUUAAAAAUCAAAACAGAAAUACUGAUCACAGACUCCUAUAGAGUAGAAAAACACUAUACUGUCUUCUUCUUUGACAGUCAGGUUUUCAAUUCCUUGUUGUUUAAAUUUGUGUGGAGUGGACAUGUAAAAAAAAUAUUUUCAUGUAAUUCUUUUUCUUUCUUUUUUUCACAAGUGAUACACAAUAUGCAUUAGCCAGGCUCGCUAAAAAGCUAGCCACCAAACUACAACAAUGAGACGCUGCUACUGGUAGUAUAAUAAUUAGGCAGAUAUGGUUACACUUUAAUGCGAAUCAAAUAAAUAAUAACUGAGCCAGCCUCAUUCGUUUUUGAAAAAUGUGCCGAAAACAAUUCCUUCCGUUUGCAGAGAGAUGACUUAACUCAAAUGCAGAUGAUUCAGAAUAUGCACCAGAGCAACUUCUUUUAUUUUUGUAUGCUGCCAAGCAAUGACUACAUAUAGCCUAAUGUAACUAUGUCAACAUAAUUGCCAACUUACUGUCGGAUGUUAUGGAGUGUUUUGUACUUCUGUCAGGUUCAUUGCUCUAAACAUAGCUGCUUACUGUAGGUACUUCAAACUAUCUCACAUUCAUUCAGUCAGUGAAUCAGAAGAUUGACAUUAAUCAUGAUGUUAUUAACAUGUAAUAAGAGUGUGAGAAAAUGGUUGUGUGCAAUUUUAUGUGUGCGUGUUUACGGGUUGUUUGAAAACAUAAAUUAUUUAUCUAUAGGCAAUUGUUAUUGGACGUUAUCACCACCACCUAACGGGAUGAGGUCGUUCAUUUUACAGGAAGUUUUUUCGGACUGGACAAAGACAACUCAAACAUAUUUGGGUCUUUUUCCACUGGCUAGUAUUAUGGUUCCAGGUGUUAUUGUGCAUUUGUUGUGUAUAAGUGUAAUUUUGCCAAGCUGUGAUGACAGAUACAUAUUCUAUAAAGACAUUCAUAUCUGUAUGUGAGUUACUGUGAGCAUGCUGACUUCCCAUGUGUUGUAGUGUGGACACCCUUAAUUUAAGACGAUGAUACUUGGGUCACUUUUGAGGCAGCUGAUAUUUUUUUUCAUUAAUUUAUGGUUAUUUAUUUGUUAAUCUUAGAAAGAGGUAUAGAUAGAUAAAUGUGAUUUUUUUUUCAUCAUUCCCUCUCGAAUUAGUCCUGAUUAUGAUUGCUGGUUUUCCAUCAGCCUUGCCUCAAAAUGUUGCCAGGGUAUCAUGGUCCAAACAGGCCGGAACAUGAUUACAUGGAGACAGGACACAUAGAGAAUAGCUUCACACCACUAGACAGGUGGACACAUUUAAAAAAAAAAUAGUUUUCAGUAUUUCAACCACUUGAGAAGUGCAUGAUUUCUUCAUAUGAAUAUAAAAAGCCUUGCAUGUGAGAGCAUCACCUGCACAUUUCGGUAAACCAAUUACUUUCAUAUUCUUAUGUUGUGUGUUUCAACUGGUUCUAGUAUUUCGGGUGUUUGUCUAUAUGAGUGAUGAUGUCUCCUGUAAUGAGCUAUGGGAUACAACAAAAAGGUUUUUCCUGUACCUAACUGACCAAUAAUAUUAAAGAUUCUGUAGAAUCUC